GCCGCCGCCGGCGCUGAGCGGGGCCGCCCGCCCGCCGCCCCCGGGAGCGGGGAAGAUGUCGGACACCAAGGUGAAAGUUGCCGUCAGGGUCCGGCCCAUGAACAAGAGAGAGCUGGACCUGAAUACCAAGUGCAUCGUGGAGAUGGAAGGGAACCAGACCGUGCUUCACCCGCCGCCUUCCAACGCCAAGCAAGGAGAAAGAAAACCACCAAAGGUGUUUGCCUUUGAUCACUGCUUCUGGUCCAUGGAUGAAUCAAACACCACAAAAUAUGCAGGUCAAGAAGUGGUGUUCAAGUGCCUUGGGGAAGGAAUUCUGGAAAAGGCCUUUCAGGGAUAUAAUGCUUGUAUUUUUGCCUAUGGACAGACAGGUUCAGGAAAAUCCUUUUCCAUGAUGGGCAAUGCAGAGCAGCUGGGUCUGAUCCCACGGCUCUGUUGUGCUUUAUUUCAGAGAAUCUCUGUAGAAGAAAAUGAAUCUCAUACUUUUAAAGUAGAAGUGUCCUAUAUGGAAAUCUACAAUGAGAAAGUCAGAGAUCUGCUUGACCCAAAAGGGAGCCGGCAGUCCCUCAAGGUCCGGGAGCACAAGGUGCUGGGUCCGUAUGUCGAUGGCCUGUCUCAGCUGGCUGUUACAAACUUUGAGGAUAUUGAGUCACUGAUGUCAGAGGGAAACAAAUCACGAACAGUUGCUGCAACCAACAUGAAUGAAGAAAGCAGCCGCUCUCAUGCCGUGUUCAAUAUUAUAGUGACUCAGACACUUUAUGACCUGCAGUCUGGUAAUUCUGGAGAGAAGGUCAGCAAGGUCAGCCUGGUGGAUUUGGCUGGGAGCGAGAGGGUGUCCAAAACGGGAGCUGCAGGAGAGCGCCUGAAGGAGGGCAGCAACAUAAACAAAUCACUUUCAACACUGGGAUUGGUUAUAUCAUCACUUGCUGACCAGGCAGCGGGGAAGGGGAAAAACAAGUUUGUGCCUUACAGAGACUCUGUACUCACUUGGCUUCUCAAGGACAACUUGGGAGGAAACAGCCAAACUGCCAUGAUAGCCACAAUUAGUCCAGCAGCAGACAACUAUGAAGAAACUCUCUCAACUCUGAGAUAUGCAGACAGAGCCAAAAGGAUAGUUAAUCAUGCUGUGGUGAACGAAGAUCCAAAUGCUAGGGUCAUCAGAGAAUUACGUGAAGAAGUUGAAAAACUGAAAGAACAGCUCUCACAAGCUGAGGCCAUGAAGGCACCAGAACUGAAGGAAAAAUUGGAAGAAUCAGAAAAACUAAUAAAAGAGUUGACAGUCACCUGGGAAGAAAAGCUAAGGAAAACAGAAGAAAUUGCACAGGAGAGGCAAAGACAGCUGGAGAGCAUGGGAAUCUCCCUCGAGUCUUCAGGUAUCAAGGUUGGGGAUGAUAAGUGUUAUCUGGUGAACCUGAAUGCAGACCCUGCACUCAAUGAGCUUCUGGUUUACUAUUUAAAGGAUCACACAAGAGUUGGUGCAGAUACCUCUCAGGAUAUUCAGCUCUUUGGUAUAGGAAUCCAACCAGAACACUGUGAGAUUAAUAUUGCUUUAGAUGGAGAAGUUACACUCACACCAAAAGAAAAUGCAAGAUCCUGUGUAAAUGGUGCACUGGUAUGUUCUGCCACUCAGUUAUGGCAUGGAGAUAGAAUAUUAUGGGGAAACAACCACUUUUUUAGAAUCAAUUUACCAAAGAGGAAACGUCGAGAUUGGCUGAAAGAUCUUGAGAAAGAAACUUCCCUAGGAGAGCAUGAUCUGGAUGCAGCUAGUGAAGCUUCUUCAGAACCAGACUACAACUAUGAGUUUGCACAAAUGGAAGUUAUUAUGAAGACACUGAAUAGUAAUGGAGAUGAAUUUCAGAGGAAUCUGCCAUCCUGGUGGUCUUCAGUGUUGUCAUCCCUUGUGAAGAUUCUGUUGCCCGUUUUAAGGCCUCAAACCAUCUCAUAUCUGUGCCAAAACUGGGACAAAGACCCAGUACAAAAUGUGGUGCAGAUCUUGGAGAAGCAGUACCUGGAGGAGAAGCGGAGCGCUCUGGAGGAGCAGCGGGUGAUGUACGAGCGCGAGCUGGAGCUGCUGCGGCAGCAGCUCUCCCCGGAGAGGCAGCACCAGCACGGCAGCGACAGGCUCUCCUACACUGCCCAGGCUGCACAGCAGAAAGUCAACCUCUGGACAGAGGAGAGGGAUGAAUUGUUUCGACAGAGCCUGGCUAAACUUCGAGAGCAAAUAGUAAAAGCAAAUACUCUGGUGAGAGAAGCAAAUUUCUUAGCAGAAGAAAUGAGUAAGCUAACAGAUUAUCAAGUAACACUUCAGAUCCCUGCUGAAAACCUCAGUGCCAACAAAAAGAGGGGUGCAAUAGUAAGCGAGCCUGCAAUUCAAGUGAGAAGAAAAGGAAAAGGUACUCAAGUGUGGACUAUUGAGAAACUAGAGAACAAAUUGAUUGACAUGAGAGACCUCUAUCAAGAAUGGAAGGAGAAAAUUCCUGAGAUAAGGAAGCUGAUUGGCAAGAGAGGUGAUCCUUUCUACGAAGCGCAGGAGAACCACAACUUGAUUGGCGUCGCCAACGUGUUUCUGGAGUGCCUUUUCUACGACGUGAAGCUGCAGUACGCCGUGCCCAUCAUCAGCCAGCAGGGCGAGGUGGCAGGGCGGCUGCAUGUUGAAGUAAUGCGUGUCACCGGGUCUGUCCCAGAACGUGUGGUGGAAGCAGAUGACUCAUCUGAGAACUCCAGUGAGAGUGGGAGUCUGGAAGUCAUGGAUAACAACGGAGAAAUUAUUCACAGAGCGAAAAAGCUCUCCUGUAGGGUAAAAAUAAAAGAGGCAACCGGACUGCCACCCAAUCUCUCCAAUUUUGUCUUUUGUCAAUACACAUUUUGGGAUCAAUGUGAGUCAACAGUAGCAGCACCAGUAGUAGAUCCAGAUGUGCCUUCACCUCAGAGCAAAGAUGCUCAUUUUACAGUGACCUUCUCUCACUGUAAAGACUAUGUGGUGAAUGUCACUGAGGAGUUUUUGGAGUUCAUUUCAGAAGGAGCUCUUGCUAUUGAGGUGUGGGGUCACAGAUGUACUGGCAAUGGCAGCUCUGUUUGGGAAGUUGAUUCUCUUCAUGCAAAAACUAGGACACUGAGAGACAGAUGGAAUGAAGUAACUCGAAGAAUAGAAAUGUGGAUUUCCAUACAAGAAUUGAAUGAGAUGGGUGAAUACACUGCUGUUGAACUCCAUCAGGCAAAAGAUGUAAACACAGGGGGAAUUUUCCAGCUUAGGCAGGGUCAUUCUCGCAGAGUUCAGGUGACAGUGAAACCCGUGCAGCAUUCAGGAACGUUGCCUCUCAUGGUGGAAGCAAUUCUUUCAGUCUCUGUAGGUGGGGUGACUGCCAGAUCAACCAAACUGCAAAGGGGCUUGGACAGUUACCAGAAGGAGGAGGAUGAUGGUGGUGAUAUGGAUAGUUACCAGGAAGAAGAUUUGAACUGUGUACGAGAAAGGUGGUCUGAGGCAUUAAUAAAACGCAGAGAAUACUUAGAUGAGCAGAUCCAAAAGAUCAGCAACAAACAAGAAAAAUCAGAGGAUGAUAUAGAGCGAGAAGCCCGGCUGGUGGAGCAGUGGGUGGGGCUGACGGAAGAGAGGAACGCAGUGUUUGUUCCAGCACCAGGCAGUGGAAUUCCCGGUGCCCCCGCAAAUUGGAUUCCACCUGCAGGAAUGGAAACACAUAUCCCUGUCCUCUUCCUUGAUCUGAACGCUGAUGACCUCAGUGCCAAUGAACAACUUAUAGGUCCCCAUGCAUCAGGAGUUAACUCAAUACUACCAAAGGAGCAUGGGAGCCCAUUCUUUUAUCUGCCGAUCAUAAAACACAGUGAUGAUGAGGUUUCAGCCACUGCUGCCUGGGACUCUUCUGUCCAUGACUCAGUGCACCUCAAUAGGGUAACUCCUCAAAAUGAGCGAAUUUACUUAAUAGUGAAGACCACUGUGCAGCUCAGUCACCCUGCUGCAAUGGAACUGGUAUUACGCAAAAGGAUUGCAGCCAACAUCUAUAACAAGCAGAGUUUUACCCAGAGCCUGAAAAGGAGAAUAUCCUUGAAAAAUAUAUAUUAUGCCUGUGGAGUGACUUAUGAAAUAGUAUCCAAUAUACCAAAGGCUACAGAAGAAAUUGAGGAUCGUGAGACCUUAGCGCUGAUGGCUGCAAGGAGUGAGAACGAGGGCACAUCCGAUGGCGAAACCUACAUCGAGAAAUACACACGUGGUGUGCUGCAAGUGGAGAACAUUCUGAGCCUUGAACGGCUAAGACAGGCAGUCACUGUCAAAGAGGCUCUCUCCACCAAAGCCAGGAACAUCCGCAGGAGCAUCAGCACUCCGAACGUGCACAAUGUGUCUUGUAGUCGACUGGAUCUUUCUGCUUGCGAUGAAGAUGACAAGGGUUGGUCUGAAAGUCACCUAGAUAUGUCUGACUGUUGUUCCAGUUAUCAAGAUGUGUCAUGCUAUGGUACUUUACCCAGGGAGUCACCUCGCAAGAGCAAAGAUGGCACUGGUGUUGUAGCAGAGAAUUCCCAUACUUUAAUGACCAGCCCUUUUAAAGCAUUUUCUCCCCAGCCACCAAAGUUUUUCAAGCCCUUAAUGCCAGUGAAAGAGGAACAUAAAAGGAAGACCCCACUUGAAAGCCGACCUCUACUUAGUCAAGAGGACUCUGAGGAGGAAGACAGUGAGAUGGAGGCCAUUAAUAAGAAACUGAUAAGUCCACAAAGUUUUCAAAAUUUCCGGCCUUAUGUACCGGAGGAGUUUGCUGACUUCAGUAUUUACAAUGCCAGCCUGGAGAACAGGGAGUGGUUUUCCUCUAAAUCAGACUUCAUGAGCUCACGUGUUCUUGAGAAAGAGGUGUCCCGCAGCCCCACCACUAGCAGCAUCACUAGUGGCUACUUUUCCCACAGUGCCUCUAAUGCCACCCUGUCUGACAUGCUUGUUCCCUGUAGUGAUAGCACAGACCAGCUAGCCAGUCACUCCAAGGAGCUGGACUCUAGUGAUCCCUUGGGAUCAUCCCUUGCACAAGAUUUAAGAUCUUCCUUAAACAAGGAAUGUCGAGAGUCAGAAAAGGAGUUAGUGAGAGAAAAGUUACCUGUGGUACCACUGAAAGAAAACAGUGCCUUAACAGAGCAAGUACCACUGUCACUCAGUGCCACUGACAGAGACUCUCAGCAGUUACCCAGAGCUGGAUCCCUCUCAGCCCUGAGUUCCUUGGAUGGGAAAAACACCAUCGAAUUUUCAGCACACGAGGUGACGGUUGAGCACACGACGGACAUUGUGGAAGAUCACUCCUUUACUGAGUUCAUGGGCGUUGAAGAUGGGAAGGACUUUGACCAUUCAACAGCUCCACAGUCGUGUUCCCUUCUGUCCUCUAACGGAGCGAGCGCCUCGGAGUCACCCCGGGGCCCUGGCAAGGGGCAGAGCCCGUGCCUGGGCCAGCAGAGCUCUGCAGCAGGUGACAGCUGGCUUGUGGAUGCUGGGGAAAGCCCUUUUUGUUCUGGACUGCUGAAAGACUCUUCAGAGCCUGAGACUUAUCCCGACACUUCCAUGGACGAUUUUAUUACGAAGGACCACUUGGAUGGUUCUGACUGUGAAGAAGGUGCUUCUGCAGAUCCAGCCCACGUCUUGCCCAGCUGGGUGGCCGUGGGCGAGCAAGUCUGUGUUGGAAGUAAUAAGAUGGGCACAGUGAGAUACGUUGGAACGGUCGACUUUUCAGCUGGAAUUUGGGUUGGAGUUGAACUCAAUGUUCAGCUGGGGAAGCACGAUGGAAUUGUGAAAGGCAGAGAGUACUUCCACUGCAAACCACGGCACGGUGUGUUCGUUCGUCCCGGGCGCCUCAGCAAAGCACCAGCUCCCGCAAGGAAAUGGAAUAGCACUUCCCGGUCUCAGGCAUCUUCCACUUCAGAGAAACGGAAGAGUUCUGUGCUUCAAGGCUCAUCAGCCACUCCCAAGACAGGAGGAGACGUCCUCUGCCAUUCAGGAGAUGCAGCGGCUUCUGCUUUUUCUAGGAAACAGGAAAACAGGAAAUCCUGGAUUAACUAAACCGCAGUAUUUUUGCACUUACUACACGCAUCACUGUGUAGAAAACUCUACGGAUUUUUGAAGCUAUUGUACAUUUUAACCUGUCCAUAUGGAAUGUGUAUUCUCUAGAGUCCUUGACUUAAUGCUCUAAUUUUUUAUAAAUAAUAUAUAUAUUAUAUAUAUAUGAAUGUGUAUCUAUAGUUUGUCUGCCAGUGGGCAGAUACGGCUGCACACUAAAACACAGUUAAAGCUGAUUGUAGAUAACUGAGGUACUGGACUAUUUGUUACACAACAACUUGGGAGAUAUAUUUUAAACAACAAAAGAUAUUUUAUUGAGGAAAAACCAGGAUGUGAAUCCGUAUUCUUUAAAACAAAAACCCAACCGCUGUUCUUAAUUACCAAAGAACUUGUUUUAGACUGACAUAUUUGCUGUUUAUAUCUUUCUAUUGUAAAUGUUUUAACUGGUAACUUGGUGCCAUGUUCCUUUCAGUCACUGGGCACCGUGCAGCCUUCCGUGUUUAAGCACACUGAGAUAUCCAACUGCUUCAUAUGUUUUGUCUUCCUUGAGGCCUGCCACUGUGCUGACUUGGCAUGGGAAUGACUGACGAUGCCUGAAGCUAUGAGUCUGGCAUUUCACAUGUUAGCAAAAGCCAGCUGGGCAGUUUGACUGUAGAAACAGUAUUACUGCAAGGGUGUGAGAGGACAACAUUCUGGGUUUUUUAGGGGGUUUUGGGUUUUUUUGGGUGUGGGGUGGGGAGAAAUGGGAAAUAAAGAAGCAGUAAAUGGAUCAUGACUGCAAACUUUGCACUUGUUACUUGCUGGUUUAUUAUCAAGAUGAAAUAGAACCUGCUAAAGUAAUUUUAAUCUGUAAAGUUUAUUUUAAUAAUGGGAAUGAUGGAGGGAUUUAUGUCUGGUGCUCAUGAAUUCCUAAGAAGGUUGUUCCACAUGUAGAUACUGUAGAUGCCUGUACAAGUGUUCUGGAUAUUUGUAAAGCAACAUGGUAAAAACUGAGUGAAGUGAA